CUCUCUCUCUCUCUCUCUCUCUCUCUCUCUCUCUCUCUCUCUCCUCGAGCCGCAGCAGUCUGCCCAAGACCACCAUCGUGUUCGGAAGUGCGACUAUCGCGCGCAGCUAGAUUCCUUCGCCGUACUUCGCGCCUCUGUGUCGAAAUUCGUCAGAUAUUUUGGCCUCUCGUUCUCACGGGAUGAAAUUCAAGGACAACAGCUUAAAUGACCCGAGCAGGAGCGCUGAUGGACUCGUGAUUCAACAGGCAAAUUGGCGGUUUAUUUUCUAGCUAACUGAACGCAAAGUACGACGCUUUGGUUCGAAGAAGUAAACGGUUUCUACCACUGACGAUCGGAGCUCGAUUCGACACAACCUGAACAAAAUCACCAAAACGAUAUGAACGUGAAGAUAGCUACACUACUGUUGGUGGCGUUUGGAUCGAGGAAUGCUUUAUGCUUGAGGGAGGAGACCUUAGCCGAGUCCUUCGUUGGAGGGCCCUUGAUCCUUCCUAUCAAAUCGAGGUCCUCCAGCUUCGUCGUGGUGUCAGAGGGCCAAUAUGACCACGCCCACCAUACUCAUCACGCCCACGAGGAGCAUGCGAGUCACGAGCCUCAUUUUGCAUCCACUAACUCCACAGUAGACGUCUACUUAGGGGCCACCGCUACCUUGGAUUGCACAGUACAUGGCGUCACCAAUGAAUCGAUAUCAUGGCUCAGAGAUAUUGAUGAUAAUUUGGAAUUGCUCACAUGGGAAUCGCAAACCUACUCUAAAGAUAACAGGUACUCGCUGCUCCAAGAAUCCGGGGACAAAUGGCAACGAUGGCGUCUCGUCAUCAAAGACUCUCGAGUGAAAGAUCAAGGCCAGUAUCGCUGCCAGGUAGCCACUCAGCCACCCAUGUUACUCAUCUCCACUCUACAGGUCAUAGAGCCACAAGUCCAAGUGGUGGACGAGCGAGGGACAAAGGUGGUCGAGAAGCACUACAACAGCGGCAGUAUGAUCGAGCUGAAAUGCGUGAUAGAGUCUGUGCCCUUCCCUUACGGCCAUGUCACUUGGAAACGAGGCCAGGAGACUCUCCAAUUCAACACCUCAAUGGGAGGAAUUAGCGUAAGAGGAGACGCAGACACGGGUUAUAUUCGUAGUCGUCUCUACGUGGCUAAUGCUUCUCCAGCUCACACUGGAGUUUAUUCUUGCUGGUAUAAUAACUACUCCAGCGACGCCGUCGCAGUUCAUGUCAUUGCAGGCGAGAACUCAGCUGCGAUGCAACACGAUAAGGUGCCGGAUCUUACAAGCGGAGGGGGGUCGGCUAUCAAUAGCCCACCAAGGAACUUCCCCUCGGCUAUUGCGACAUACUGCCUGCUGUUGUGUUUCUUCACUCUGAUGAAGCGACGGUUUCAAGAUCCUCUUUCCCAAACAAUUUGGGAGACCAGUGGAAGAGGGCCCUCUCGUAGAUGA